AUGAAAAUCGUGCAACUCGUCUGCCUGGUCCUACUAGGCCUGCAAGGCGUCGACUCUGACGGAGUUCAACUCAAGUUUUAUGUUGAAGAAGAACAGCCUGCGGGAACGUUUGUUGGCUCUGUGCAUAGCAAUAGUGGUGUUACGUAUAGACUACUUGCAUCCGAUGGUGUGUUUUCUCUUGAUGCUAACGGUACCCUAACGACAUCAGUUGUUCUGGACCGAGAGCGGUUGUCGACAGUCAUCUUUACACUAACCGUGACGGCCACUAGGGGUCAAAACUUCCUUUUUGCGGAUUUCGUUACCGUCAUCGUGACGGACGUGAACGACAAUCCUCCGACAUUCGUUACUCCCAACUUUACCGUCUUCAUCUACGAGGACGCAUCCGUUGGAACACUCUACCCCAUACAAAAGGCGUUCGAUCCGGACAGCGGACGCAACGGUAAUCUGACGUACUCUCUAAUUUCUUCAAUGAACGACAGCACGUUUGCUCUGGUAACUGGGGUCAGAGGUGGGACACAACGUAGCUCUGUGGUUCAACUCAAGCUGAUAAAAAUGGUGGAUAGAGAAGUAAGGGACACAUACAAUAUGACGGUGACGGCGUUCGAUGACGGUGUUCCGAGGUUGAAUAGCAGCAUCCGAGUGACGGUCGUCGUCGUGGAUGUCAAUGACAAUCCUCCGCUCUUCCUUCAAAAAUCCUACAAUGCAUCAGUGAAGGAAAGUCUUCCUUCGGGUUCGAACAUAUUGACUGUGAUUGCAUCAGACGCGGACAUAGGCCUGAAUGGUGACAUUGAGUACAGCAUUAAGGGAGAGACAAAUGUGCUGGCUUUAUUCACCAUAGACUCGUCCAACGGACUCCUCUCUACACUGUCUACCCUCGAUUAUGAGUCCACCACAGUUUACCGAUUUGCCAUCAAAGCAAAUAACGUGGGCGACUCGAGACAAGAGAGAACGGUUCCUGUCGUUAUAUACAUCGAAGAUGUCAAUGACAAUGCACCUGUGGUCAGCAUUCGUUAUGUAAGCAACAGCAAAACAGCCGUCGUUCUUGAGAAUCAGCAGGCCCAAGAACUUGUGGCCUUCGUCGACGUCUAUGAUCGUGAUCCCACUCAUAUCUUCAGCAGACACGCGCGCCCAUUCUUCACCAGCGGAAAUGAUCUCAUGCAUUUUGAAGUGAGCUUUUGGGAAAAGCAGUUAGCCGUCUUGACGCGCCAGCCAUUGGAUAGAGAAAAUAUCAGUCACUAUAUGCUCACCAUUAGCGCUGUUGACCUGGGAAAACCCAGUUUAUCUAGCUCUGCUACUUUUCAGGUAGACGUCGGAGACAAGAAUGAUAACACGCCCAUCUUCAGCAGAAAAGAAUAUGGUGCAAACAUCUCGGAAUCGUCCGCAAUCGACAGCAGCGUUGCUACCGUUCUUGCCGUCGACGACGACGUCGGUUCUAACGGUCACGUGACGUAUACUCUGCUGUCUCUCGAUCACACGACUGCAAAAGGCUGGUUUAGUGUGAGCAACGUCAGUGGAGUGAUCCAGGUGGCCACAAGUCUCGACAGAGAACAAGUCGAGCAAGUGGCUCUCACCAUCAUGGCGUCCGACAACGGACAACCCCGCCGGACGGCAACGGCAAGAGUACACGUCGUCGUCACCGAUGCCAACGACAACGCUCCGACGUUUGCUCAAUCCAACUACACCGUCGAGAUUCCAGAGUCACUGACAUCGGCGUCCCCCGUUAUCCAAGUAUCUGCGUCGGACAAAGACAUGAGCACAAACGGACACGUGACAUACACUCUGCUCGGAAACGUGAACGAGUUCAGAGUCGACCCACAGACGGGAUUAGUAACAACACAACAACUCCUCGAUAGAGAGACAACUGCGAAAUACUUGUUGACAAUUCUUGGUAAAGAUGGCGGACAUCCCGGUCAGACCGGCAGCGCUUCGCUGACCAUCACUUUAUUGGACGAGAACGACAAUCGUCCCGUUUUUACUCAAGCCGUCUACGUUGCGAACGUGCGAGAAAACAACGCGCUGGGAAUCGUAGCCAACGUGACGGCGCACGACGACGACGACGGAGACUACGGCACGGUGUCAUACCGUCUGUUGAACAACUCGACUAACGUUUCACUAUUCAGCAUCGAUUCGCACAACGGACACAUCUACACGCAAACGUCGUUCGACCGCGAAGAACAGAGCUACUACCGACUCUUUGCCUUAGCGACCGACGGCGGCAAUGUGACGUCACGAAUGGCGGCCAUGGUCGAAAUCUUUAUCAUCAACGAGUACGAUACCCCACCACAGUUCUCUCGGGUAUCAUACAGUUUCUACGUAGUCGACACGGAUCCGAUAGGAACGGUUGUCGGCACUGUGUCGGCGAGUAGUAGAGAUAGCGGACAACAAGCGCGGCUGGUUUACUCUAUUCGGAGCGACCAGAGCGGUCUCUUCAACGUUACUGACACGGGAGACAUCAAACUGUACGGAAAUUUGGAUCGUCAAAUGAAGAGCGAGUACAACAUUGUCGUCGAAGCGAGAGACGUCGGAGUCAGGGAGUUGGUGGCAGCGGCGCCGGUGCACAUAACGGUGACCGACGAGAAUCAGAGCGGGCCGACGUUUCGCGCCGCGUCUCCCGCAACGGUGACGGUGACAGAAAACGCGACGCUCGGCACGGUCGUCUACAUCGCGUCGGCGACGGAUCCAGAUUCGGGAACGAGCGGCCGCAUCGGCUACCGUCUCGUUUCAGAAACAUUUUCGAUUAAUGCUUCUUCCGGGGAAGUGACGGUCGACGGUCGACUAGAUCGAGAGUGUACCGACGCUUUCUCGCUCGUCAUUCUGGCCAUCGAUAACGGCUACCCGCCGAGAACGGCCCGACUAAACUUGACUGUAACCGUUGCGGACGUGAAUGAUAACAAGCCGACGUUUGCGUGGCCCUCGUAUGCGGUAACGGUCUCCGAAUCUGUCAUUCCGCCACAUCCGUUUCUCCAGCUUUUUGCCACAGACAAAGAUGUCGGUACCAACGGCGUCGUUUCCCUCUACCUUCCCGCGAGUGACGUUAACACGCAGUUCGAGCUUCUUGCGGACGGUAACCUGAUCGUGAAACAAUCGCUUGACAGAGAGAGACGAGCCAUUUACAAUCUGAGCGUCCUGGCGCGCGACAACGGCUCGCCUGUUCUGACUUCUACCACCAAUGUUGUUGUCUACGUUGGGGAUAUCAACGACAACAGCCCUACGUUUUCUAACGCCACCUUCGAUUUUGAGUUGAGAGAGAACGCUGCUGUGGGAACCGUCGUCGGAGUGUUGGCAGCAACAGAUGCCGAUACCGGUAGAAAUGCUCUAUUGUCUUACAGUCUACAAAGUCAAACCGGAAAGAACACUCUCACCGUCAAUAAUAAAACUGGUGAUCUUAUGGUAGAGUAUCCUAUCGAUUACGAAUCGAUCGUUGCAACUCUUGGAACAAACCUUCUCGACUUCGUCGUCGUCGUUCAAGAUGACGGUUCGCCCAAAAGAUCGGCCACGGUGUCGGCAACCGUGACGAUACUAGACGUCAACGACAAUGCGCCUCGUUUUGUACAAAGCGUGUCAACGGCCCGUGUAAAGGAGAACCUCCCGGACGGCAUUCUCGUCGCCAAAUUCCGGGCGAUCGAUGCGGACUCGGGAAUCAACAGUGAGCUUUCCUACGGCCUGACCGCGGAGCGACGGCACGUCAGCGACUUUGUAAUAAAUGAAACAACAGGAGAGCUCUACACUAAUGCCAGUCUCGAUCGUGAAGUGCAAGAUCGAUACAAUGUGACCGUGCUUGCAUUCGAUCAUGGUCCAGUUCAGCUGACGUCGACGGUCGAGUUGUUGAUUCACGUGACCGACACUAACGACUGGUCUCCAGUGCUCGAUAGACUCACUCUAGUGCGGCCACUACUAGAAAAUACUUCCGUCGAUACGGUCGUCGCAAGAGUCCAGUUCGUCGACAAAGAUUCUGGCCUCAACGGACUUCUUCAGUAUGAAAUAACGGAUGGGAAUGACGACCAGGUGUUUGUGAUGGAAGACGCGACGGGAACGAUACGAACAGGAAAACGGUUAGACUUUGAGUCCCGUCCGGUGUAUUACCUGGAAGUGACCGUCUACGACUCGGGCGAUCCCCGGCGUUCUGGCUCGUCGACCGUCAUCAUCGAAGUAUUGGACAUUAAUGAUAAUCCCCCAAUAUUUGUUUCCUCUUCCGGCGUGUACCACGUGCCCGAGUCGGCGUCGAUUGGAACCACGGUGACCUGCGUGACCGCCAGAGAUGCGGACAGUUCUUCCAAUGGCGUCGUUGUGUACGCCGUGGCCGCACAACUCCUGGCCGGCCCCUUCGAAAUCAACUCGUCCUCCGGUUGCAUUGCAACAACGGCGUACCUGGAUAGAGAGACACGUGAGAGAUAUGUGUUAGACAUCAGAGCGACGGAUCGAGCUAAUCCAGCAUCGCAACGUCGUUCGUCGAUCACAUCUCUUCAAAUCUCCAUAUCCGACGUCAACGACAACUAUCCCCUCGUGACGUCACCCCUCACUCUGUCCGUGUUCGAGAAUACGACCGUCGGCACGGUCGUCGCAAGAGUCGCAGCCGUCGACGACGACGUCGGAGACAACUCGUCGCUCGUCUUCACUUCCGCCGGCGACGAAUCGUUCGUCAUCGACCAGAACAACGGCGACCUAACUCUGGCGCGACAAUUAGACUUCGACUUCGCUCGCACUCACGUCGUAUCCGUCAUCGUGUCUGACAGAGGGGCCCCCGCCAGGUCAUCUCUAACCAAUAUCACACUCGACGUACUCGACUCUAACAACCACGCCCCCGUUUUGGCAGACACCGUCUCCACGUUCCGGGUUUCAGAGUUGUCUCCGAUUGGUGCACUCAUCACCACUUUCACAUCAAGCGACGACGACACCGUGGCAACUGAAGUGGCUUAUAAUUUGGAGAACGACUACGAAGUCUUCUUCCUCGAUCCUCGUAUCGGGGCUCUCUUUCUCACCUCGCCUCUCGACUACAACCGACAGCCGUUGUUUCAAUUACGCGUUGUUGUGUCGGACGGCGGACAUCCCGUCCUGUCGUCGACGUCUGCCGUCAGCGUGUCGGUAGUCGAUGAAAACACGCGGACUCCGUCGUUCAAUGAGACUCUCUACUACUCGUCCGUCUCAGAAAACGCUCCCGUAGGGUCUGUGGUCACACGCUUGCAGGCCGAAGACGGAGAUCCAGCCGGACCCAAUUCGAAUCUUACAUAUUCUAUAGUCAACGGUGAUCGAUCCGCAUUUGAUAUCGAGAGUAGUAGCGGGAAAUUGAGCGUGAGACGGAAUCUAGAUCGAGAAGAAAACGCCCGCUUUGUGUUGGUGAUCCGCGUGGAAGACGACGGGCGACCGAAACGAUUCAAUACGACGCAACUCAGCGUCGUCGUCGACGACGUCAACGACAAUGCGCCGAUAGUGAGACCUUCCGUCGUCAACGUCUCCGUAUACGAAGACGUUAAGCGGCUUUCUCCGCUAACCGAAGUAACGGCAGUUGACUUGGAUUCUGGAGCAAACGGUCGUGUGGUGUAUAGUCUGGAUGCCAGCGGAAACACCAUGUUCUCUAUCAAUUCGUCCUCGGGACGCGUAACUUUGGAGUCGACGUUAGACUACGAGCUGCAGCAAAGUUAUCUCAUAAAAGUCGUGGCUUCGGAUGGUGGUUCUCCGAGCCUCUCGUCUACUGCAAUCAUUUCCGUGAACGUGUUGGAUGUCAACGACCAUUCGCCGUCGUUUUCGUCGCCGAUCUACUCGCUUAAAGUCCGAGAGAACUCGCCCAUCGGAGCGUCGAUAUUUCAAGUAUCGGCCGGUGACGAGGACUCUGGUCUGUUGGGUGUCGUUUGGUAUGUGUUGGUCGACGACUCGCAUACGGGUCAUUUCGUCAUGGACUCGUCCGGUCGUCUCUCCGUUGCCGGAAACGUCGACCGAGAGUCGAAGUCUCGAUACCAGAUGACCGUCUUGGCGAUCGACAGCGAUCCGUCACGACCUCGCAACGGUUCCACUCAACUUCUCGUUGAUAUCACCGACGCCAACGAUCACAGACCGGAUUUCUCUUCCACUCCGUAUCGCAUCAAUUCGCCAACGUCGGUCCGAUCUGGAACAAAGAUCGUUACCGUCAAAGCCGAAGACGACGACACGGGAUCGAAUGCUGCCAUAUCGUAUCGCAUAAUUCGAGGAGAGAAAACCUUUGCUGUAAACGCCCAGACUGGCGAAUUAAGUACGACUACGAUUAUACGCGGUGGUCUUCAAGUCAUCAUUGUCGAGGCCACAGAUAGAGGGUCUCCUUCUCUCACUGGUACUGCCGUCGUUCUGCUCAACGUGGGUAACUCUGUGUCCGUCGUGCCUCAAUUUGUGAAUCGAGUAUCGACCUCGUACAGCGUUGAUCAACACGCAAACGUCGGGACACACAUUGCGAGUGUGUCCGCCAAGCCGGCGUAUGCCGGUCACGAGUUGGAGUACAGCAUCGUGUCCGGUAACAAUGCCUCGAAAUUCGGAGUCGACAUGCGCAGUGGCAGUCUGAGUGUGUCGCAAUCUUUACUUCACGACGACGGUGCCCUGUUCAAAUUGACAAUAAUGGUUCGAGAUAUCAACAGUUCUAUACCAUCACUGGCAUUCGUCACCGUCGACAUUGUAGUGCGGAGUGUCGAUAACCAUGCACCCAAGUUUACUCAAACGCUCUUUCAAGGUGUGCUCUCUGAGUGGUCACGUAGAGCCACCGCUGCUCUCAUUCUCUCGGCGUCUGAUAGUGAUACGGGUAAGGGAGGAGUCUUUUCCUACGCUGUGGAUCCGUCGUCCAGUGUGAAGGGAAUCUUUGCCGUGGGUGCAACGAGUGGGCACGUGUACACACUAGUCGGACUCGACAGAGAGACACGACGCGACUAUAACUUUUCCGUGCUGGCAAUCGAUGAGGGGUCGCCCCGUCAAACAAGCAGCGCCAUGGUUAGAGUGAUCGUGUCAGACGAAAACGACUCGCCACCCGUCUUCGUUCCCGCCACAAUACAAGCAGUGAGAAUUCCGGAAGAUUCUCAUCCGGGUACCUCCGUCGCUCGACUGUCGGCAACAGACGACGACGACGCGCAAAACGCGCUCGUCACGUUUCGUCUCACGAAACCGUCUGCUAGUUUCGCUAUCGACCCAACGUCUGGUGUCGUCUUUUUGCGUGGCGCCCUCGAUCGUGAACGGCAAGAUGCGCACACACUGUCAGUAGGGGCCACCGACGGAUUGCACCUGACGGGGGCCACCUUGCUCGUCACUGUGCUCGAUAUCAACGACAAUGCGCCAGUAUUCUCUACAGAUAACCUAAUAGCGGAAUCACCAGAGCAGAGUGGUGUCGGAGUUUCGAUUUUACAUGUCUCCGCCCAAGAUCACGACUUGGGGCCCUCGGGAAACGUGUCAUACGCGUUAGGGAAUCCUCAGGCGCUCCUGGACGUAGAAGGCAAGAGUGGACAAUUAGCCACCACUAGCAAUUUGGUGUACAUCGUGGGCGCGACGAAAAAGGAUUACAAUUCAAUCGAGCUAACGAUUGUUGCUGCGGACGAAGGUCGGCCACAACUUAGCAGCCAGACCAACAUUGUCCUGCAGGUGACCGACAUCAACGACCACGGACCUGCGUUUCUGUCACCAAAAUACAAUGCGAGCGUCCGUGAAGACGCCCUGCCACGCACGGUCGUGACGCAAGUUAACGCUCGAGACACCGGCGACUCUCCACCACUGGCUCAAGUUGGAUACUCCAUCACGGCAGGAAACGAACUGGGCGUCUUCUGGAUCCACCCACAUGCCGGUAUCUUGACCACGAAGACAACAAUCGACUACGAAACUCGAAGGGAAUAUCGAUUGGAAAUCAUGGCGUACGAUACAGGCAACCGAUCUCUUCACAGCCACACGGAAUUAUCCAUAUCAGUCGAGGACGUCAACGAUAACAGCCCCCAAUUUAGCGCCCACUGUUACAACACAACUGCAACGACUUUAUCAUAUCCGGGCUCUUUCCUGUUAACCGUAUCUGCUACGGAUGCCGACAGUGGACGCUUCGGUUCCGUUCGCUAUCGCAUUGCCAAAGGAGAUCCCCUCGGAUUGCUCGCCGUCGAUCACGACAGCGGAGAAAUAAGACUGAAGAACGACGUGACUUUCGUAAAAUGGAAAGAACAGUACAACGUUACAAUUGCAGCAGUAGACGGUGGUAACCCACCCCGAUCUGGUACAGCUCUCCUAGUGCUGACAAUAAUAAACGUAACGGCAGUGAGGUGCGGCACUCGUCCGAGCCAGGCGACAGUCGCAGACGGCUCUCCGUCGGGAACUAAAAUAUCAAAAGUAAUUGCAGACGAUGAAGUGACCUUUACUCUUGUAGGGGUGACCGUCCCGGGCGUUUUCACUCUCAAUCAGACGUCGGGAGUUUUGUCGCUAGCGACGACUGCGGAUUACGAACGAGCAACCCACUAUGACCUUCACAUCCUGCUGACGUCCCGUCACCGCGUCCCACCUCGCCACGCCGCGUGCAUCGUGUCAGUCGACGUGAUCGGAGUCAACGAGUUUCGGCCACAGUUUGACAGCGAUGUUCACGACGUCGAAGUCUCCGAAACGACCCACCCUGGAGACAGCGUCGCCACCGUUUCCGCAACCGAUAAAGACGGGGGGUCAGACGGAAUGCUCACAUACCGUGUGACGAGCGGAAACGGCAGCUCGGUGUUCGGAAUAAAUAACGAGUCCGCAACCAUCUACCUGCAACAGCCGCUAGACGGUAAAGCUGGCCAAGUCUACGUUAUCCACCUGCAAGCCGUUGAUAGAGGGUUUCCGAGUCUAAACGCUUCCACGCUCAUCUACGUUCACGUACAACAAGGCAAUAAGCCACCUGUUUUCCAGAAUGCAACAAUACGUGUUGUCAUCGAUGAAGAUGUCCUACCCGGCACUGUUGUUGCCCGCAUAACGGCUGAGGAUUCUAACGAUCCCUCUUCUCCAGCGGGAAGACUGCGCUAUCGUUUAGCCGACGGCAACGUCAAGGCGUUCGCCAUAGAUCCUCAAACGGGAGUGGUAACUACCCAUAUAGAAUUGGAUCGGGAGAAGAAAGAGUGGUAUAACGUGACCAUACGUGCAACAGAUUCGGGAGUUCCUCCGCUGUCUGCAGACUCGUUUCUUAUCGUACGUCUUCGAGAUGUCAACGACAAUAGCCCGUCAUUCCACUUCACACCGAGCGUAGUCCGCGUGAGAGAGAACACACCGAUCGGUACGGUCAUCUUGAGGCUAAACGUGAGCGACCAGGACGUCGCCUCAGGUGGCGGACCGUUCACCUUCUCAUUGCUAAACCACUCCGCACUGUUCAGCGUCGACUCUUCCACGGGAAUCGUAGAGACCAUCGGUCUCCUCGACCGAGAAGAACGCCGUUCCUACUUCUUAACGUUCGAAGCAAGAGACAGCGGAAAACCACAGCUAACAUCCAGCAUCGUUGUGGAAGUUGUGAUCGACGAGAACGACAGUCCAUCGCACAUAGAACCGUUCCGAAUAUGGUUGAGGUUACAUUCUUUGUCGUUCGUUAAGCUGAGACUCGCACAACUCACUGUGAGUAACAUCACUUGUGAACUCGUCAAUGCAUCCGGCCCGUUCUUCGUCGUGGAUGCGCCCGGUUGUGUGCUGAGUGCUCUUCCAACUAUCAGAGACUCGGUCUAUUCUGUGACUGUCUCUUCAAACGACAGCCGUCAUUCUACAGUAGCUCACGGUGUCAUCGAUUACGUUCACUUCAAUCGCAGUGCUGUUUCAAGCGCCGUUUCCCUAUCGAUCACUAACACAACAGCCGCAGAUUUCUUCUAUUACUUCCGAGAUCUGGACGGUGUUUUCCCGCAUUUCGCAAAUGGCGUCAGAAUUGUGAGCAUACGAGUAUCCAAUACCUCAAAGCAGUUAGGAGUGCUCGUUGGUGUCGUGGGUUCCGACGCUACGUCCGUUCCCUCCGAUUACCUUAGGAAUGCAUUGAGUUCCAAUCUCUCGGCUCUCUCGCUCGCCGGUCGCGUCUCAUUGGAGAUAUCAGAUGUGUGCCGAUCCGGGCCGUGCAUGAACGGUGGUACUUGUUCGCAGCAGGUGUCUCUUGCGACGACAGUCGAAUCCGUUUCGAACGGCACGAAUACGUUUCUCUAUCAGCCAUACGACGACACAUACGUGUGCACAUGCACUCGUAGUUUCACCGGCCGUCACUGUGAGCUCUCUGGCUUAGAGUGCGAGUCCGAUCCGUGCUUAAACUCUGGGAUAUGUGUCGACGAGGCCGGUGGUGGAUACUCCUGUCAAUGCUCGGAACACUUUACUGGAAGACACUGUGAGACGGCCAUCGACAUGUGUGUCAGGUCUGAUUGUGCAGGCAAUUCCACAUGUGUCAGCACGGCCACCGCUUUCUAUUGUGAAUGUCCGCCGGGAAGAACGGGUGACCGAUGUGACCUUGAUGUGCCGUCGUGUUCGUCUGACACUUGUCGACACGGAGGCACCUGUGUGGAACGGACAGGAGACUAUGGUUGUCAUUGUCUUCCCGGCUACUCGGGAGUACACUGCCAGGUCGUUCCCUACACGUUCGGCUUCGGUUCCCGAGCCCGUUUCGAAGUCGUUUCGAACAAAGGACGCGAGACCGUUACGCUGGAAUUCGAGUUCGCCACUUCUGUGACGGGAACGGUUCUGCUAACGGUCGAAGAUUCAACUGGCGAGUUUCUGGUAAUAACAGCCGGCAAAACGGUACAAGCACACACCAACGACGGCGCAAAAAUUUCGAUAACAACGGAUGUUACAAACGGUCACUGGCACCAACUGCAACUGCAUCUCAAUCAUACGACCGUCAGUGUGCGCAUAGACGACUGCACUAGCAAACAUCCGGAUUGUUUCAAACAAGUCACCCAUACGACUUCAAGAAACCUCUCUUCGGUGGGUCUAACGUUUGGCUCCCUCGUCGACCCACCUCAAUUUCUCAGCCGCAAUUACUUCAUCGGAUCCAUCCGCGACGUGGUCGUCAACAAUCAGCGCAUCGAAUGGUCGGACGCUCUUCUUGAGGGUGACGUACAGCCUGGUUUUCCAGAGGCGCCUCCUUGCUCUAGAGCAACGUGCGGAGCCUCCGAUCUAUGCGUAGAUAACUGGAAUUCCUAUAAAUGUGUCUGUGUGGAAGGCAUUUCGAACCAAAAUUGCAGUCAAGUGAGACGGACGUAUAGCUUAUCUGAGUCGGCCUUCUUGGCUGUCGAGUUGACAGACGAAUUCAUUCACAUUGCGGACGAGGCCCAACAGAAGAUUGGAGUAGCGGACAAAGAGAGGACAAAACGAUCAGCAAAAAUAGAUGAAAAGAUAUACAGUCCAAUAUUGUCUAUGCAAUUCAGGACUACACAACAAUCUAACGCUGUUCUAGUUGUAUCACACUCUACACCCAUUAGAUUCUCAAUCUUGAAGAUGGAAGAGAAUAGACUUGCAUACUACUACACGGAUCGUAACUCUACGACUGCAGUCGUAGGAAAUCCUUCGGGCGUUUUGUCUGACAACAACUGGCAUGCUAUCCAAAUGCUCGAAUCAGCGUCUUCCCUCAUUACAGUCUUGGAUGGCCACAUUGUUGCCAACUUAACGUCGCAAUCUUUUAUCAACCAGCACACAAAGUAUCUCUAUUUUGGUGGUACGCCUACUUCUGCAGUUCGGGCAGUCGCAAGGGCGUCGAAUCGUCCAUACUCGGAUGAACCUCUGCAAGGAUGCAUUCGUCGCUUGACAGUCCGAGGUAUAGUCCUGUCUGACGAGUUCGGGUCUGUCGAUGCAGUCAACGCGACGACGUGUGGCGAUGGGAGCGCGUGCGUCGCCUAUAAUGCAAGCGAACGCCACGGUUAUUGUCAAUGUGCUGCUGGCUUUGUGUCAGUCGACAGUCAAUGUGAGCCGGUAAAAGAUGCGUGUGCUAGCGGUCCCUGUCGCAAUGGAGGCUCUUGCAAUAACGGAGAUAAAGCAACAUGCGUAUGCGCAGAUGGAUACACGGGAAACAGAUGCGAGAUCUCUCUCUGUAUGUGUCAAAAUGGCGGAACUUGUAAUGGCACUUCUUUGGUGACCUCUUGUGUCUGUCCUAAUGGAUUCACCGGAGCGCUAUGCGAAUUGGUCUCUAUAUGUGUGGCAACAGCGGACAACGAGGGUUACCAAUGUCUUUGCAACACAACAGGCAACUGUCAAGAACCCGGUAGGGAUGAAACGACACUUUCAACAGGCGUCACAGCCGCUGUCAGUAUCCUCGCUGUCUUAUUAGUUGUGAUUACGUUCGCCAUUCUCUACUGCGUGUGGUACAAACGCACACGAACCAAAGUGUAUAAAAUUUCCCACGAGAGUCAGUGCUGUAGCAGUGACACAUAUAGCAAAACGUCUCACAGCAGUACGAUGGAGAUCUACUCGGAAGAAGCGAUUGAUGUCGAACUCCGUUCGAAGGACAUCACAGAAUCUGUCAUUGAAGAAACUGAAACUACAGCAACUGCAAUUGCCGAAACUGUGAUGGAUGAUGAUCCAGUGCAGGAAGACUAUCAGCCUGUCUAUCUCCACAGCAACCACAGUCUGAAUCAACGGUCCACGGGAUCCAAAGACGCGAGCAGUAGCUCUCAAGAGGGUCACUCUGAACUCGACGCAGAGAAGAAAACGACAAACGAGGCUAAACGAGUGAUUGUGGACGUCCAUAUUCCACGACCUGCUGCACCGGUGCCUAUUGGAUGUGACUCUCCCGAUAUCGACCAUGCGGCGCAGAUUCCACCGGGAAUGGAUCUGGACGGAUUCUCCGAGGCCGGCGCCAGUUCGUUUGUAGACGACGGGAUGGUUCUACCGCCCAUCGACAUCGACAGUAUCUCUGACGUUGUGAAACUGCAAUUACUACCGGAGUACAUCACCAUGGGUGUCGUUCAGAGGCCUCCUUCCACGUUUUAUCGCUCUUCUGCAAAAGGUUAUCUCCGACAAGCCAUUCUGUCCGGCAGUAGACCAAGAACUUCAACAGAUGCGUCCGACUCCCUCCAAGAAGAGUCAUUCCCGCCCGGAACGGCAGAGUUAACGUUACUAUUAGCAAAGACCGAUAAGCUCCAAUCAGACCCGCAGAUUGGGUCACACAGGCUGGAACGAUUUUCAAAUAUCAGACGCUUGUCUCCAGAAUCAGCAGACAAACACAAGAUGGAGACAAAUCCACCACAUCAAGCUCCCACACAACAAGAAGUAGAAACUUUGCCUGACGCCACACCAAAAGAACUUGAUGGCGUUCCCUACCAACCCUUAAUGCCCCAUGCGUUCCCUCACCACAGACGUGAGGAUAAUCCGACGGUCCCUGAAAGGGCCAUCUCUACAGAAACAGGUUUUAGCAAUCUCGAACUAGAACUACUAACUCCUCUUUCUCCCACCGGCAGCUUGGAUGAUAUACAACGAAAUAGGAGUGGGCGAACGGAAGGAGACGGCAUCAGUUCUUCGGAUUCUGAAGAAAGUAUCCAUGUGGCUAAAAGGACGAGAGCAAGUCUGCCAGCUGCACGACGCCACUUUCUAAUGGCGCCGACAACAUCGAGCAUGAACCCUCUAAGCAAAGCAUCAGGAUCAGCACCAGUUGUGUAUGACCCAUGCUCGGUUCCAACGCUGACAAAGGCGAGAUCAUCGUUGGAUACUGUUGUAACACUCAACAGUGAAAGCCUGACUGAUAGCAGCACACACUUUGCCCUUCAGCAGCCAGACGGUGCUGAGAUGUCAAACAACUACCAAACGGCGUUUCUCAAUCCAUCAAACCUUAGAUACAUCAACUCUGCACAAGAAGAAUUUGUAUAGCUCAA